UGUAAUCAACAUUUAUUGGUUUUACGUGUGCAGUGAAUAAAAAUGCAAUUUUCUGAAUUAUAAAUAUGUGUUAGUUAAGAAUUACUCCGGCUGUCAUUGUGCUUUUGAAAACGCUAAUUUAGACCGCGUCAGUCAGAUAUCCAAGUGGCUGUUGCUAGCUAGCUUUAUCACUAAUAUUAAGAUGCUGUUGACGUCAUGGGAAGUGUUUUAACUUUGCUUAAGCAAACGCACAAGUAAUAUUUUGACACGGUUUAAACCUUUUUAAAUCCUCGACUUUCACACCACAGCAUCACUUGUGUGCGUGACCUAUGCGGAUGUUUAAAAAAUGUUGCCAAUUACUUAAGCAGUAGCUAGCGUUAACUUGACCCGAAUCAUCUAAAUAUGAUGUCCUGUCCCUCCGGAGUGCAGCGGCUUCACAGAUAUGUCAGCCUGACAAGCCUGGAAAUUAUGCAAAUCCUAUGCCAGCAGUUAUGACAAUGCUAGCAGACCAUGCUGCACAGCAGCUGCUGGAUUUCAACCAGAAAUUGGAUAUCAACCUGCUUGAUAAUGUGGUGAAUUGUCUCUAUCAUGGAGUGGGUCCUCAGCAAAGAAUGGCGCAGGAGGUGUUGACACACCUAAAAGAGCAUCCUGAUGCGUGGACCAGAGUGGACACUAUCCUGGAGUUCUCUCAAAACAUGAACACUAAAUACUAUGCUCUACAGAUACUGGAAACUGUUAUAAAAACAAGGUGGAAGAUUCUGCCCCGGAAUCAGUGUGAAGGUAUAAAAAAGUAUGUUGUUGGACUCAUUAUCAAGACUUCAUCAGACGCUUCAAAUGUAGAGAAAGAAAAAGUGUACAUUGGGAAGCUGAACAUGAUCCUUGUUCAGAUCCUGAAGCAGGAGUGGCCUAAGCACUGGCCCACUUUCAUCAGUGACAUCGUCGGGGCCAGCCGCACCAGUGAGAGUCUUUGUCAGAACAACAUGAUCAUUCUGAAGCUGCUGAGUGAGGAGGUCUUUGACUUCUCCAGUGGCCAGAUGACCCAAGUCAAAGCCAAACACCUGAAAGACAGCAUGUGCAAUGAAUUCUCCCAGAUAUUCCAGCUCUGUCAGUUUGUUAUGGAAAAUUCCCAGAAUGCCCCGCUGGUGCAUGCCACCUUGGAGACUCUUCUGCGUUUCCUCAACUGGAUUCCACUCGGAUAUAUUUUUGAGACCAAGCUGAUCAGCACCCUGGUGUAUAAGUUCUUGAACGUGCCGAUGUUCCGUAACGUGACUCUGAAGUGCCUGACUGAGAUCGCUGGCGUGAGUGUGAGCCAGUAUGAGGAGCAGUUUGUUACCCUCUUCACUCUGACCAUGUGCCAGCUCAAACAGAUGCUGCCCCUGAACACCAACAUCCGGCUGGCUUAUGCAAAUGGGAAGGACGACGAGCAGAACUUCAUUCAGAACCUCAGUCUGUUCCUCUGUACGUUCCUUAAAGAACAUGGACAGUUGAUCGAGAAGAGGCUCAACCUCCGAGAGACGCUGAUGGAGGCCCUCCACUACAUGCUCCUGGUGUCGGAGGUGGAAGAGACUGAGAUCUUUAAAAUCUGUCUGGAGUAUUGGAACUACCUGGCUGCUGAACUCUACAGAGAGAGUCCGUUCUCCUCAUCCACGUCUCCUCUGCUCUCUAGUAACCAGCACUUCGAUGUACCGCCGCGCAGACAACUCUACCUUCCUGUUCUCUCCAAGGUGCGUCUGCUCAUGGUGAGUCGAAUGGCCAAGCCGGAGGAGGUCCUGGUGGUGGAGAAUGACCAGGGGGAGGUUGUCAGAGAGUUUAUGAAGGACACGGAUUCCAUCAACCUCUACAAGAACAUGAGAGAAACCCUCGUGUACCUGACUCACCUGGACUAUGCUGACACGGAGCGCAUCAUGACAGAGAAGCUUCACAACCAGGUGAACGGUACCGAGUGGUCGUGGAAGAACCUCAACACAUUGUGCUGGGCUAUCGGCUCCAUCAGUGGGGCAAUGCAUGAGGAGGACGAGAAGAGGUUUCUGGUCACCGUCAUUAAGGAUCUUCUGGGUCUGUGUGAGCAGAAACGAGGGAAGGACAACAAAGCCAUCAUUGCAUCAAACAUCAUGUACAUCGUUGGCCAGUACCCGCGCUUCCUCAGAGCCCACUGGAAGUUCCUCAAAACAGUUGUCAACAAACUCUUUGAAUUCAUGCACGAGACCCACGAUGGUGUCCAGGACAUGGCGUGUGACACGUUUAUCAAGAUCGCUCAGAAGUGCAGACGCCACUUCAUCCAGGUGCAGGUGGGAGAGGUGAUGCCCUUUAUCGAUGAGAUCCUGAACAACAUCAACACCAUCAUCUGUGACCUCCAGCCCCAACAGGUGCACACGUUCUAUGAAGCAGUGGGUUAUAUGAUCGGAGCGCAGACGGACCAGGCUGUUCAGGAACACCUCAUAGAAAAAUACAUGCUGCUGCCUAAUCAGGUGUGGGACAGCAUCAUUCAGCAGGCCACCAAGAACGUGGACAUUCUAAAGGACCCAGAAACGGUCAAACAGCUUGGCAGCAUCCUGAAGACCAACGUCAGAGCCUGCAAGGCCGUGGGACACCCUUUUGUCAUCCAGCUGGGACGGAUCUACCUGGACAUGCUCAAUGUCUACAAGUGCCUCAGCGAAAACAUCUCUGCUGCCAUUCAGACAAAUGGUAAGUUCUGUGAGAUGGUGACGAAACAACCGCUGAUUCGGAGCAUGAGGACAGUGAAGCGAGAGACUCUAAAAUUGAUCUCAGGGUGGGUCAGCAGAUCCAACGACCCACAGAUGGUCGGAGAGAACUUUGUUCCUCCUCUACUGGACGCUGUCCUCAUAGACUACCAGCGUAACGUCCCCGCAGCACGUGAGCCUGAGGUACUCAGCACCAUGGCAACCAUCGUCAACAAGCUGGGAGGUCACAUCACCAGCGAGAUCCCCCAGAUCUUUGAUGCUGUGUUUGAGUGCACCCUAAACAUGAUCAACAAGAACUUUGAGGAAUUUCCAGAGCACAGGACCCAUUUCUUUUACCUUUUGCAAGCUGUGAACUCCCACUGCUUCCCGGCGUUCCUCGCCAUCCCCCCAGCCCAGUUUAAACUGGUGCUGGACUCCAUCAUCUGGGCCUUCAAACACACCAUGAGGAACGUCGCUGACACUGGUCUGCAGAUCCUCUACACGAUGCUGCAGAACGUUGCUCAGGAGGAAACGGCAGCUCAGAGCUUCUACCAGACAUAUUUCUGUGACAUCCUGCAGCACAUCUUCUCCGUGGUCACAGACACAUCACACACGGCCGGCCUCACGAUGCAUGCGUCCAUCUUGGCCUACAUGUUCAACCUGGUGGAGGAAGGGAAGAUCACGGUGUCCCUGAAUCCUGCAACGUCCACCACCAACCAGGUGUUCAUCCAGGAGUACGUGGCCAACCUGCUGAAGACUGCUUUCCCCCACCUACAGGAUGCUCAGGUGAAGGUGUUUGUAACGGGCCUGUUCAGUUUAAACCAGGACAUUCCUGCCUUCAAGGAGCACCUGAGGGACUUCCUUGUGCAAAUAAAGGAGUUUGCAGGUGAGGACACCUCUGACCUGUUCCUGGAGGAGAGAGAGGCGGCGCUCCGUCAGGCUCAGGAAGAGAAACACAAAAUCCAGAUGUCCGUGCCGGGAAUCCUCAACCCGCAUGAGAUCCCAGAGGAGAUGUGUGACUGAGCUGCAGGAUCUAGAACCUUCAUCCCAACAGAACCCAGGAGAGGCACUUGCUAGGGUGGGAAGGUGCUCGCCCCCUGCAGAGCGGGGGUGUCCCGUCUUCACUCUGUAAAUGAUGACUGUCACUCUGUGGCCCUUUUUACAUAAUCUACGUUUUGUAUGGAGACUUUUUGUGCAUUAAUUUUCCACAGCUGUUAAUCUACAGUAUCGUCUGUCUGUCUCUGUCCGUCACAGACCUGCAUGAUAAAGUUGUGACAGUUUGAACAAGUCCACCAUCUUGUUUUAGUUCAGUUUCCUUCAGACUUCCUGCUUUUCUUCAUGGUGUUUAUAUAUAAAUGAAUUCCACAGUCCUCUAGAGCGCCACGUGCCGCUUGCUUGCCCCGCUGCAUUGUGGGAGAAUGUGAAUCUAACGGGAAAUGAAUGAAGACUGAAAGAUGCUGCUUCUGGUUUCAGCAUCUGUUGCCCAUAAGCUCAGCGUCACCUCAGACUGCAGUCAGCGGUUUUCUGUAGAGGAGCAAAACUGAAUAUGUGCAUAUCAUCCCAACUGUAUAGCAUCUUGAUACCAUGGGAACUUUUAAAAAAAAAAUGAUUCUAUUGUUUCUUUUUGUUGUGGGUUGUUUGUGCUGUCGCUUAGUCGAAUGAGCGUUUUGUUUUCCUCUAAGAGGAUUGUUGCUCAUUUGUGAGCCUCCAUUACUGAGACGUUUUACUGAAGGGGCAGAAGUAUUUAUGGGUUCUCGGUUGGUUGCAUCUUUUAUGUUUAUUUCGAAGGCCUUCAGGAUUUUCAACUGUACUAAUUUAGGUAGUUUAACCAUCAAGUAGUGCUUAAAGACAGACACUACCUUAUUAGAGCAAACAGAAAAAUAAUUAUGGGUUUACAUUUGAUUUUGUAUUUUUGCAAAUUUUUUUUGUACCCGUUUGUCCAGAGACCGAGUAAAUUGCCAACGAGUUUUAAUUAAGCAAGAAUGUAUAAAUCUAAAUAGGUACCCAAUCUGAUGCCUAAUUUUCCUUCUCAAGGUGUUACUUUGUUGUGAACUUUUUGAAUUGAAUAAAGUUGAGGUUUUUUAACCAA